AUGAACCCGUCGGCGACCCCUCACACGCCGCUCGAGAGACUCCUCCUGUUUCGCGGAAUCACCCAGUACGGCCUCGAAGACGCCGACUUUGCCCGCCUGUCCGACGAGCUGAAGAACAAUGGCCUGGUUAAGCAUGGGAGCACCUACGAUGCGGGCCGCCUUGCCCCGGACGCUCUGCGCGACUUGUUCCUGCGUCUGCUGCGGGAGGAGCUGAAGGCCGAGAGUGAAAGACUCGAAAGGAUCGAGAGGAGUGAGAAAAUACCUGGGGCUGAAGGGGCUUCGUCGCCCGCAUCGAAGAAACGGAAGCUACAGUCUUCGCCGCCUUUGACAUUGAAGGACGCUCGCCGGCACAUCAAGGACAUCGAGACGGCCCACGCGAAGCUGUACAAUGCGUACAUGAUCCAUACGAUCGAAGAGGUGCGGGAGUUUGAGGAGCAGUUUAUCCAGGUGCAGGGUGAGAUUGGCCAGCUGGAAAAGCUGGGUGUGCGGGAGUCGCAGGCGGCAUCGAGGUCGCAGAGCCCGAAUGGCAUUUCGGGACCUGCGAAGCAGGAAGCAGCACGGGCAACGAACGGAACUGGUCCGUCUCCGGGGGCGUCACCUCGUCCGCCGCAGGCCGCGGUUGCGCAGCCUGGGCCCCAGCAACCAUUGCGGCCGCUGCAGCCUUUGCAGCCACAGUCAGCGGCGCCACAAGCGCGGCCAGAUACAAAGGGGGUGCCUUCAUCGUCACAACCCACGGCAUCACCCGAGAAGCCGCCCCCGGCUCUUCCGGACGCUGUCCGCUCUCCACGGCCACCACAGUCUGUGCCUACGCCGCGGCCGGUCCCGGGCCAGCCGACCCAACACCCUCCGAACGGUGCGCCUCAGGUCCUUCAAGCACCACAGGGAGCGCCGCCAUUUCAACCUCCGGCUGCUGUCUCUGAGAGUCUGCAGCGGCCGGAUAGCGGAGCGGGACCACGACCACCUACCGGAGUGUCAGCGAACGGUCAACCACAUCUUGAGGGGCAGCUGAAGUGGGAACCCCCUUAUCAACCGACUGGUCCUCUGCCGCAAGGGAACGCCUUUCCGGCACCCCCUCAAGGUUCGCGACCACAACAACCACCCUCUGGGCCGACACAAGCGCAAGCACCGGCUGGUCGGCCGUUACCUCCGCAGCAUGUCUUGAUCCCCCCACAAGCAGCCGGCCAGCUUGCUGCUCCGUUGCAGUCCCCAACAGGGAGGCCGUCUGCGGAUUCGACUGCAGGUCCCAGACCACCCCACACGCCAGGGCCAGCUCCGCCCCAUGCUCAUCCGCAAUAUGCCGGUCAUCCGGUCCCGGCAACCGGUACUGGUCCUGCGACUCCUGCCCACCCGAAGACACAAGUACGCCCUCCUACAGUACCUCCAGGCCCGGUACGGAGUCCCGCAGUUGCACCAUCGUCGACCGGUCCGGCUGCUGUUCCACCUAAGCCAAGUCCGAGCCCACGUCUCGCUGCUCCGCAACCUCCGUCAGUCCUCCAGCCACCACCGCAGGACCAGCAACGCCUUCCGCCACGUAGUGGUCCGUCACCGGCCCCGGUUUUGGCUGCUGGUGAUGCGGGCCAACGCUUCAAUCCUCCACAUCAGCCCCAACCCCAGGGCCCACGACCCGCGGCUGUGGAUCGCAUCCACCCCCGGUUGCCCGCUGCCUCGACGCCGACGCCGGCUGCGAGGUUCAGCCCAGCUCUGUCCGCACCCCAAACCCCGGCCAUGACUAUUCCACCGAAAUUGGCCCGGGGCAGCGGCACCAAGUGGGUGUCGGGCUCAACACCCUCAACUCCUCAGCUGGGCGCCGAGUUCCGCUUGGGAUACGAGGACGUCCCCAGCCCGGCGUUUGAACCGCCCAGUCCGAUCAUGCGACACUUGCCGCCCCCAGUAACCAGCCCGAGCGGCCCCUCGAAGCAAAAGCCAGGACGGCCUCAUGCUCCGCACAAGACCCAAGGCGCCUCCACCUCACAACCAGGUCCACGGGCAGCAGCAUCGCAGCCGUUCACGGCCCGGGCCAAACCAGCAGCGCCCGAGGCAGAGACACCGAAAGUCAAACACGAGGUUACCACUCCGCGGCCAUUGGCCGAUACCGAGGACACCACAGCCGACGAAAGCGUCUCCGCACGCCCUCAUCAUCACCCAUCCCGUGCACCCAAGCGCAAGCGGGAAGAACUCACGCCCACGCCGGGCCACACCCCACGCGCAAGCCAGCACCUCCGCAACGAUUCCCUCCCUUCCGAUCUCCUCACUUCCACAGCUUCUGGUCCAACCCCGGUCGCCUCCCCGCCCAAACUCGUCCUCUGGACCCGCUCCUUCAACAAAGUCUGCGGCUCCGCCAUGGAACAAAUCGUCCACCACCGCUCUGCCAACAUGUUCGCCGCCCCGAUCCGCGAACGCGACGCCCCCGGCUACCACAAAGUCGUCAAGCAAGCUCAAGACCUCAAAUCCAUCCGCGCCGCCAUCAGUCACGGCAACCGUGCUGCUCACGCCGCUCACGCUGCCGCUGCUGCCUCAAACCCCUCUUCUGACAGCAACAACACCACCGACGGCGGCGGCUCUUCUUCGUCUUCCGCCUCCACGGGAAGCAGUGUCUGGCUCCCCCGCACCGAAGACCUCGUCCCCCCGCGCAGUAUCAUCAACUCCUCCCAACUCGAUCGCGAACUGGCGCAUAUGUUCUCCAACGCUAUCAUGUACAACCCCGAUCCGCAUCACGGUCCAGGACCGGCGUUUGUACGGGAUGAAGAUGAAGACGAGGAGGUUGAUACUAUUGGUGGGGGUAGUGGGGCUGGUGGAGGGGCUGGUGCUGGUGAUGGUGGGGGUGUGUUGGGGUAUAAGGUGGAUGAGUUUGGGGUGGUGAACGAUGCGCGUGCGAUGUUUGUGGAGGUGGAGAAGUUGUUGAGUGAGUUGCGCUCGGCGGAGGUGAGGAGGGGUGGGCCCCCUGGUGCCUCUGGCCCUGGUACUGGUACACCUGGUAUCGCUGGUGGUGGCGGUGGUGGGACGGGGACGAGUACGGGACAGGCGAGUGUGUUGGGUGGGAAUGCGGGUGCGGGUGGUGAGACUGGUAAGGAGGAGGAUGAGGAUGGAGGUGAGGGAGAGGAUGGGGAGGAGGGGGUUGGGGGGGUGGUGAAGAGGAGGCGGCUUGCAAGGGGGUAG